CUCGCGUUGUUGUGUUGUGUGUUGUGAUCAGUAAAUCCGUGGUAAAAUGGAAAAGGAACAAAAUUGCGAGCCCCCAGAGGAGAAAGAACCGGAGGAAUGUGGUUCGGUUCCAGCGAAGAAGCACGAUUUGAGCCUCAACCUCGAGAUGCCUCUGAAAGGAGCGGCUGGUGGGCUUUUUGCCGAUCAAACACCUACCCCGACGCGCCUGAUAGGCAAAUGCGAAGAGGUCGGACUGUUCGAGGAUCUGCAGAAAGUGAACCCCUUCGAUGAAACGUUCCGGCGAGCCGUCGAAUCGCGGACCUCCGUUACUCCGUCCGAAGAGUUGGUGCCCACGGUUAGCGCGCUCGCUGUACCCAAUCGCAUCGCGGAAGGGGAAACCCUGCACACACCCCACAUCUUUCCCAGUAACAUUGAUCGAACGGACGACUCUUUAGUCAGCAACAAUGGGCAAGCUGAGGGACAGCAGGCUGGGACUGCUGCAAAAGCUCAGCGAUCCAAGUGUAAGCAGAGCCCAUCGUCACGCACGAAACUCCCUGCGGAUGGGAAGCGUGUACCAUCGAAGAGCACUCCAGUGAAACGAAAAGCUCCCGCGUUGGUGGACAUUCUGCCGAAACCAUCUCCUUCGCCACAACUGGCGCCAGUCGCGUGUGAAACAACGAUUCCAGUUAUCAUCAUUCCAUCCACAACCACACCAGCCGAGCAGGAUGCACCAGGGUGCAGCGUUCCGGUGGCCGAUAUAAGUCCGCUGCAGGUCAAAGAGAAGCUGAAAGAACAUCUGAAGAAACCUCGUAACAAAGGGCCUACAGCACGUUCAGAAGAUAAGCGAUCGGAGGGCGGAACGAAACGAUCCAGCAAUGAGAGGCAAGGCGUCGGUAACGCACCCCCAAAAACCUCCAAGGAAGAGUUGCCCGAAUCUACGGAUUCCAAACCGGAUACUCUCAAGCAAGAACGGUGGAAGGCAGCUGCCAAACGUUAUCGCAUUCGACGGAAGGAAGACCAAGAUAAACUGCACCAGCGGAGUAUGGAGCUGGAACAGGAAAACAUCCGUCUUCGUACGGAACUGACCAAACUUCGGCACGCGCACCGUCACUGUUCCGUAACGCAGCAAAUGAAUCUUGCCGCUACGCUGGCCGCACAGAGCAGCGCCGGCGGUGAGCCGGUCAUUUUGAACGCAACGGGUCCCAACCAGCAGCCUUUCCUCCUAACGUCACCACAGCAACGCCUUAUUACAUCGCACAUUGUUAAUAGCCACACGAUGAACACCAAACCCAUCUUCAUUGUUAUUGGUGCGGGAGCCACAUCGACGGAACAAGACGGAACAGUACCUUCUUAACAUGGCCCGAGUGCCGACUGGACUCGCCUGCGAUAUCACUAUCAUAUUAGUACCUAGUGCUUUCGGUUAAGAGAGAAAGAGUUCGAUAAGCAAUCGAAUUAAAAUAUAUUAAUACAAAACGUUA